GUAAUAAAUGGUUCUUUCGAUGGAUAGAUGGGUGGCCAAAGUUGCCAUAGUAACUGGUGCUAGUUCUGGAAUUGGUGCCGCCGUUGCUGAUGCUCUCGUUGAAAAAGGCUUAAUCGUGCUAGGUGUAGCUCGUCGUUCUGAACGUAUAGAAGAACGUGCUAAACAACUUUCAAGUAAGAAAGGAAAACUCUAUGCCAUCAAAGCUGACUUUUCCAAAGAAGAAGACAUUUUGAAAGUCUUUAAAUGGUCUAAAGAUAAUUUAGGGCCCGUUCAUAUUUUGAUCAACAACGCCGGAAGAGGAGGUAAUACAAACUUAACAGAAGGCGAAACCGAACAUUGGAAAAAUGUUUUUGAUCUAAACGUUCUUGGACUGAGCAUUGCCACAAGAGAAGCAGUCAAACUUAUGAAAGAGAAUAAAAUUAAUGGGCAUAUAAUACACGUGAACAGCGUUUUUGGACACAAAGUGACUCAUUUUGCAAAUUUAAAUGUUUAUCCUGCUUCGAAAUUUGCAGUUACUGCUCUUACUGAAACUUUAAGACAAGAAUUAAACCAUGAAGGACUGAAAAUCAAAGUUACCAGUGUUAGUCCUGGUAUAGUCGAAACCGAAAUGACAACUUUAAAUCCGGAUAUAACUCCGGAAGAGAAAGCUUUUUUCGAGGAGAUGGCUAGUCUAAAAAGUGAAGAUAUUGCUGACGGUAUUGUGUAUGCUCUUUCAACACCAGAACAUGUUCAAGUUCACGAGCUGACCAUUAAGCCUGUUGGUGAAAAAUUUUGACCAACGAAACUGUAAGAACCGUUAAUGAAACGGUGGAAUUAUUUAUAUAAGUAUAUAUUUAAACCAAAAUAAUAAGCUCUAUUUGUUAAACAUUUUAUAACUAUCUUCCAACUUAUCUUGUUUUCAUCAUUUUGUGUGGAAGUUUUUUUACUAUUAAAAAUUUGAAUAGAUUUCCUUCAUGGCGAAUGUGGAAGGUGAUGAUCCUAAGAAAGAAUGCCCAGUGUAUUGCAUCUAAACGCAUUUCGCCACAAAAAAAAAUUAACACGAACACAAUGUAGGGUUCCAUUUUGAUCGACCAUCAUAGUUCAAGGCAUACUGUAACUUACAAAUAAAUGUUGAAUUUUACCGCUAAAAAAUUCAACAGAGGCACUAGUGAUAAAAACGACCAAAGUUAAUUCCUAGUUCUGCUAUCUUAAAAAAUUACUUCGUUAUCAAUCAUACAACAAUUAUUUAAAAGCAGGAUGCGUGCAACACGAGCGAUAGCACACUACUUGACAAUUUAAUUAACGGAAUGAUAUG